AUGAAGACCAUAUCGAAAGCUAAAAAGAAAUGUUCAGAUGAAGCUACUAAGUGCGGUUGUAAGCUGUCUGUGCUCGCGUUUGUUUGUGGUCUUAUUUCGUUACUGCUGCAUACAUAUAGCUAUUCGAGCUACGAUAACUUCAAAGCUGAAAGUUUAAUGAAAUCUGCGAUGGAGAGUGAGUUGGAGGAUAGAAUUAGGACAUACUUAAAUGAAAUGAACUGGACACCGCACAGGUUAAAACGCGACGCGAUGCUCAAGCCAUCAGCAAUUCAAGACGACAAUACAGUAGCUCCACACGUUGAGUUUUUCAACCCUAAAAUGCGGUCGGAGCUUGAAGAAAAAGAUGCAGCUGAAAUGAAAAAGACCGGGGCAAAAGGACCGGCCCCAGGAGGUGAUACCUGGGUCUGGCUUACAAGCUAUUCCAGAGUACCGUAUAACGUCGUUCAAGGCUUCUGCAAAGCAACACAAGACUACUGUCCACCUGGUGUACAAGGCCCAAAGGGCCCCAAUGGAGAACCAGGUCCGAAGGGUGAUCGGGGUGACCCUGGAUCCCCUGGUACACCAGGUCGAGCUGGCGCCAGAGGACCUGUUGGACCACCUGGCCCAAAAGGAGAACGUGGUUUCCCUGGCAACCCUGGGUUGGAUGGCAGAGAUGGAGUUCCCGGUGAACCUGGUUUAGAUGGGCUCUCGGGCAGAAAUGGAGCAGAUGGCGCACCAGGGAAAGAUGGUAGAGACGGAAUACCCGGAAGAGACGGUAGUCCGGGGAAAAAUGGGAAGGAUGGAAAAGAUGGGAAGCCUGGGGCCACAGGGCCCCAAGGUCCUCGGGGUCUCAAAGGUGACAAGGGUCCACAAGGUCCCAAAGGCAUGCGCGGUAACGACGGGCGUGACGGGUCACCAGGUCGACCUGGACUAUCCAUUUACAACUAUACCAAGGAAAACCAGCUUUUUAUACCACCAUCGUUUGCAUUGGACAAUCCGCGGCUUAUAGUUCGCGAAGGUGACACCAUGAGAAUGGACUGCAAUCCCAAAGGUUUCCCGGAACCCACCAUCGAGUGGCGGAGAGCUGAUGGUACACCAAUAAUUCAGGGUUCAUGGCGUGACGCCUCCGUAAGCGGCCACGUUCUGAAUAUACCGAAUGUAUCCCGGUGGCACACGGGCAAAUACGUUUGUUUGGCAAACAAUGGGAUGCAACCACCGGCUAAUCAGACCACCGACGUCGAAAUCCAUUUUAGCCCGUACAUAAGAGUCCCGAAUAACAUUCUUUACGUCUACAAUAAGACCGCGAAGAUAGAAUGUGAGGUUCAAGCCUGGCCGGAACCAGUCUUCGCGUGGGAAUGCGACGGAGUCACGAUGGAAGGCACAAGAUUCAAGAGCGAAGUAUCCCCCACUGAAGACGCGUGGAGGUGGAUCAUGAGACUCGAAAUACCGAGCAUAAGAGAACACGACUUGAGGCAGUACAGUUGUGUAGCGAAAAAUGAGCUCAACAAUCAGACUGUUAAAGGGCAUAUUCGGUUGGCAUAUCCAGGACCGAACCAGCACAUGCAAGUCCAACAGCCUAUGGAGUACGGCUCCCGACCUCCGACUCUUACGUCGUACGAGGAACUCUGCCAGGUCCAGAAGUGCCCUUCAUGUCCAAGAUGCGAUAGAGCCCUGCUAAUGAUUUCCAGCAUGAACGGAACAACAGCAUAUAAGCCUCGACGAAACACAAACUGCCAAUUGUACGCGAUUGGUAAACCUGUAUACCAUCGCUACAAAGACGAAUUGUUCGGAGCUUGGCUAAGAGACUCCAACGCCACAGAACAUCAGAAGGAGAAACUAUGGACUACUCAGGAGAACGAUGUGGAACGACUUCGCGAAUAUCGAAGCAAAUCCAGUUUCAAGAAGGACCAUGUCGAUGAGUUUCAUAAGCUACAGAAACCUUUCUUUGGUAACGGCCACAUCGUCUACAGUGGAUCUUUCUUCUACCAGGCGAAUGAAUCUGGUCAUCCUGGGGACAUUAUUCGAUAUGACCUGACUCAGAGUAGAAUUAAGUCUGUUCAUCUGCCCCACGCUGAUGGACGCCUGUACUCUUCACAACACAAUCAGGUCGACUUUAGUGCUGAUGAUAAUGGCCUCUGGGCUAUCUACUCGAUGGAAGGAUCAAAUAAUACUGCAGUUGCUAAGUUAAGCUUCGAUCCAAACAAAGACGAUUUGAAUAUAGACUACCUGUGGAAUAUUACUUUGAAUCACAAACAGAUGGGAGAAAUGUUUAUAGUGUGUGGUGUAUUGUAUGCGCUGGAUUCAGCUACUGAUCGUGACAGCAAAGUGACAGUAGCCAUAGAUCUAUAUCAAAGUAAACCAGUGGAAGUGACACUUCAAUUUACUAACCCAUUUAGAAAAACUACGCAGUUGGGAUACGAUCAUACACAUAAGGAACUCUAUUCUUGGGAUCGAGGAAACCAGCUGACUUACCCAGUGAGAUAUAACGAACUUCCAGCUGAGCUGCAAGUCGGCCACCUGACGUCGUCGCCCCCUCCCACCCGCAGCCAUCAGCUGUUAAUGUCGCCCCCUCCUUUCCCCUUCGUUCGUGUAAUGCGAGGAGCUACGGGGGGCGAGGUGCGGCGGGGGUUUUCGGCCGCGGGGAACGGAGGACGUCAGUCCGCGCUCGGCGGCCGAGCGAGCGCCAUGUCUACCUGCCCGCCGCGGGUGUGUUGCCGGCCGCGCGCCCCAGCGACCCUCCUCGACAUAACAGCUAAAAUCGUAGCCGCCGCGAUACCCUUUCAACGCAUCGAGGAGCGUUACGAGCGCAUCCCGGAGCCGGUGCAGCGCCGCGUCGUGUACUGGUCCUUCCCCAGGGACGAGCGGGACAUUUGCAUGUACUCUUCGUUGGCGCGUGCUCCGCCCGACGACCACCGGAACAUCGCCUUCUGCCGCGGCCUCAAGCUGCUCGAAGCCGGUUGCGUGGAGAACGUCCUGCAAGUCGGUUUCCAUUUGAGUGGAGUAGUUCGAGCCCCAGCAGCCAUUAGUCCCUGCUCAGCCGAACCUGAAAGACUGUAUAGGGUCACAGUUUCAUUUGACAGAUGCAAAAUUACUGGGGUGACAUGCAGCUGCGAAGCGCGCGACAUCUUUUGGUGCCAGCACGUAGUCGCUUUGGCUCUGUAUCGAAUCAGAAAUGCGGAUUCUGUGAGACUACGGGUUCCUAUAUCAGAAACGCUCCUCCAAAUGGAUCGGCAACAGCUCCAGAAGUUUGUACAGUAUUUGAUAGCAGAGCACCAUACAGAGGUGCUGCCGACCGCGCAGAGGUUAGCUGACGAAGUCUUGCAGGCCAGGUCCGCUAUCAAUAGGAUAUGUGGGGCUCCGGAUCCCACCGCUGGGCCGCCACCAGACGCACACCACGCUUGGCACUUGGAUGAACAACAGGUUUGCGAACAAGUACGGGCGUAUUUAUUACAGGGCACAUAUUACAAUGCAAAUAAACAAUUAAAUUCCUUAUUUUCUAAGGUAAGAGAAAUGCUUCGUGCGCAAGAUUCAAACGGACCAAGAAUGCUGAUGUUGAUGACGGAACAGUUCCUUUCGGACCCCAGGCUGCUCUUGUGGCGGAAUCAGAACACCCCCAUGACAGAGAAGUGCCGGCAGCUGUGGGAACAACUCGGUGCCUUAUGGGUCAGCAUAGUGCUGGACCCUGGAAGCAAUAAGUGUCAUAGGAUGCAGUGGAGACAGUUGUUAGAAAAAUGGUCGGCUGUUGAAGUAUGUCCAACGGAAGACCCGGAUUACAGAUCGUUUCCUUUGUAUGCAAGAGAAAGAGAAAGAAAUGAACGAGAUCGCGACAGAGACCACCGCGAUAGGGACAGAGAACGGCAUAGAGACAGGGAAGAGAGAGACCGAGAGAGACUGAGGGAAAGAGAAGAAAGGGACAGGGAAAGGCAUAGAGAACGACAGAGAAGGGACCUCAACUCUCAUUCUGAAAGUUCAGAUGAGGAGUCUAGACCAAAUAAUUACGAACGUGAAUACAGAAGAGCCAGCAAACGAUUGAGGCUACACAAUCAACGGUCUUCUCAACCCCUAACACCGAGGACAGUGUUUCACAAAGCACUGGACGCUGUAGAUAUAUCCUGGGAAAAUGAACACCUGAAAAAUAUAUUAAGUUCCGACGAGUUUUAUAACUCGGAUAAGCCGGGAAAGUCCAGCGCCUCUGCUGGGUCUAAUACCUUGCAAUGUUACCCCAAGUUCAAUGAAAUAGGAGAACCUUUGUGGCAUGAACACCUACCCGUUGUCGGUGCACGGAUAGAAGCGUUACGAGCCCAUGGGCGCGCACCUGCUGCGUUACGACUGGCAGUCGCCGCUGCUAGAGCCAUGCGCCAUAGACAGGAAGUAGCACAGCAAAAAUGGCAAGAAGCCGGUGGAGGGGAAGCGUCGAGUAGUAAUAAUUCUACUAGCGAUUCGAAUAGAGAAUGCGGAAGUGACUCGUGCGGCGGACAAUGCGAUAGAGUCAAGUUAUCUCUUGUUUGCGCGCACAUGGACGCCGGCACGUGCCUAACGGGUACAUAUACAUGUGCCCUCUCGCACACACACCGGUGUAUCGGAAAAGAUAGCAGAUGCUGGACUGGUUGGACUCUGGAAGCCAUCUGGUGCGUGUACGAAUGUCUGGCUGAUGCUUGCCUAGCGCCAGAUGACCAGCGCGCUUCCCCGCGGCUGCACACCUAUAUUGACGAAGAACCAAACACUGGACUUCCUCCUAGAUACCAACACGUCCCGGUAGCAGGCAGUAAAAAUCCAGAAGAGACAUAUCUGGCUCUAGCGUUGGAGGCUGCGUUACUCGGAUUGGGAAUGCAAAGGAUGUUACCUAGCGGGUUGUAUGCGCAGGAGAGGUAUUGUAAGCAGGAGGAACGUCUGAUAAGCCAACUCCAAAGAGUGGAAGGUGAAGCAGCUGCCGGCGUAUGUGGUAGAGUAGCACGCGCCCUCUUAGCUGGCGGGCCCUCCUCCUGCUUAGGCACGAAAGUCCACCCGCGAUCUGCGCCCGCGCAUACAUUUGCAAGGUUUCUAUUCCUUGCGUUACUGCCCACCGACCCAGAUCUAGCGUACCGAGUCGGACUACGAGCUAUGAGGUUACCAAUGGGUGAAGAAGCAUAUGCUUUGGACGGGGGGGCUGCGGGGGCAGGCGGCGCCGGCGCAUGGCACACCUUACAACACGCUGAACAACAGCAGGCCGCACUUGCCAGUGCACUUUUAGGUGCCGCUCGCGGGAAUCCUACUCGGUUGCGUGCUGCGCUAGCGGCCGCGCAACUUCACGUACGAUCUGCUGCGCAACUCUUCCGUCUAGCUCAGGAUGCGUUACGGCACGCUGCGCCACCAGAUGCACCUCACCACCAUAGAGACCUGUUAGCUGCUGCUUUUGAGUUAGGACUACAGGUACUAAGAAUGACACUAUCAGCUGUCAAUUGGAGGCGACGAGAAAUGGUGCGGUGGCUUGUUACCUGCGCUACGGAACUGGGUCUAGACGCCUUGCUUUCCAUCAUGCAGAACUGGUACGAGCUGUUCACACCAACAGAGGCUACUGGUCCAGUUGCUGCUGCAGCAAUGUCACAUGCAACCGCUCUACGGCUUGGCCUUAGUUUUGAACAGCAAGAAAAGCUUAGCUCGUGUGCGAGGACUUUAGCUUUGCAGUGUGCCGCUAAGGACCCGCCUGGCUGUGCUCUAAGCGCGUUAUCAGUGUGUGAAGGAUCAGCUGGCGCGUUCGAAGCAGCUUGUGCAGCGGUCGGCGGCGCUGCUGCUCGCGGUGCGCUGGCGUCUAGUCAACUGUUCGCAGUGGCUAGAUACAUGGAACAAAGGGGGCAGCCCGCUAGAGCUAUGCGUCUAGCUACGUUGGCUAUGAGAAAUUUACAUCUUCAUUACAAUCAGGACAGUCACCCGGCGAUAGCGGACAUCCAUUGGGCUGUUGCGCUCGCGCAUUCCUUAGGUCGUGCCGAGUUACAAGCGAUGCUGCCUUUACUCGUCAAAAACGUACAAUGCGCACCUGUUCUUUCGGAUGUGCUCCGACGAUGCUGUGUAGCAGCUGCCGGCUGCAGUCGCGCUAGACCGCCACCUCCGCGUCCGCCCACCCCCCUAAGACCCCUUCUGGAAGCCGCGUUACGUGCAUAUGCCUCGACGACGCAUGCGCGCCUCGCACACAUAUCACCCAGGCAUUAUGCAGACUUCGUUGACUUCCUUGGUAAAGCCCGCGACACAUUCGCGUUAGCGGACGACGGACCGCACCAGUUCGCUGCCCUCUUACAAGAAAUCAAACUGAAAUACAAAGGAAAGAAGAAACUAAUGUUCCUCGUUAAAGAAAGAUUCGGUUGA